AUGAAGAACAAUAACAACAAAUCUUCUUCAUCUUCUAGCUAUGAUUCUUCUUUGUCUCCUUCUUCUUCAUCUUCUUCCCAUCAAAACUGGCUCUCUUUCUCUCUCUCCAAUAACAACAAUUUCAACUCUUCCUCAAACCCUAAUCUCACUUCCUCCACGUCAGAUCAUCCUCACCCUUCUCAUCUCUCUCUCUUCCAAGCUUUCUCCACAACUCCAGUUCAACGGCAAGAUGAGUCGGCGGGAGUUUCCUCAGGCGAUGCCACGGCGGUUCUUUCCAUUUACCCUGGCGGUCCAAAACUUGAAAAUUUCCUCGGCGGCGGUGCAACAACGACGACGACGACCAAACCAAUGCAGCAAAUGCAAUCUCUCGGCGGCGUUGUCUUCUCUUCAGAAUUACAGCCACCACAUCAACCUCCAUCCGCCGCCGAGAUCUACGACUCUGAGCUCAAGUCAAUAGCUGCUAGCUUCCUCGGCAACUAUUCCGGUGGACGCUCAUCGGAAGUAAGUAGCGGACAUAAGCAACAACACAACCCUCUAGCUAACUCGGAAGUUUCGCCUACUCCAAAGAAAAAUGGAGAGAGUUUUGGACAACGUACUUCGAUUUAUAGAGGAGUUACAAGACAUAGAUGGACUGGGAGAUACGAAGCUCAUCUAUGGGAUAAUAGUUGCCGAAGAGAAGGCCAAAGCAGAAAAGGAAGACAAGUGUAUUUAGGUGGUUAUGACAAGGAAGAGAAAGCAGCUCGAGCUUACGACCUUGCAGCUCUUAAGUAUUGGGGUCCUACAACUACGACUAAUUUUCCGAUAUCAAAUUACGAGUCUGAACUGGAGGAGAUGAAACACAUGACUCGACAAGAGUUCGUUGCUUCUCUAAGACGGAAAAGCAGUGGAUUCUCUAGGGGUGCUUCCAUGUACAGAGGUGUCACUAGACAUCAUCAGCAUGGUCGAUGGCAGGCAAGAAUUGGAAGAGUUGCGGGAAACAAAGACCUUUAUCUUGGCACAUUUAGCACACAAGAGGAAGCUGCAGAAGCUUAUGAUAUAGCAGCGAUUAAAUUCCGUGGUCUAAAUGCGGUAACCAACUUUGAUAUAAGCCGCUACGAUGUCAAAUCGAUCGCUAGCUGUAAUCUCCCCGUAGGUGGGCUAAUGCCUAAACCCUCCCCAGCAACCGUAGCACCCGACAAAACCGUUGAUCUAUCUUCAUCUGACCCUACGUCUCUGACCACAUCGUCGCUUACUUUCAACGUGGAAACACCGGUCCAUGACCAUGGAGGAACCUUUUUCCCCACUGGAAUACCGAUCAAACAAGACCCAGCUGAUCAUUACUGGUCCAACGUUUUUGGGUUCCAGCCAAACCAGAAAGCUGAGAUCCGACCAAUGACGACUUUUGGGUCGGAUCUUCACAACCCUACUCCUGGUUUUGCUAUAAUGCCGGUACUGGAAGACGGAGGAAGCAACUUUGUUGGUGGUUUUGCCGAGUCUGAAGAGUAUAAUAGUCAUUCCGCUGCAUCGAGUCCUGUCUCGGCAAUUCCACUGUCCUCGACGACAACGAUAGGUAACGGUAACGAAGGGUAUGGUGGGAACAACAUAAACUGGAUUAAUAACAACAUUUCAAGUUCUUACCAAACUGCAAAGUCGAAUCUCUCUGUUUUGCAGACACCGGUUUUUGGUUUGGAAUAAGCUCUCUCUCUCAAACUUUUCUUCAUUAGUGAGAACAAAAAAGAUGUAGGAAAAAGAUACGGUGGUUGAAAUUUUUUAUAUUUUCUUUUUUGAGAUUAUUUAAGUAGUUCUUAUAAAAUAUAUUUGUAGUUUUUCACUUUUAUCUUUUGUCUACUGACCAAGAAUUUAGCGAGGAUCUGACAGUACUAACUCUUUGCAUGUGUUAAUGGCCUUAUGGGUUCAUUUUCCUCUUUUCAGAACUAUAUUUUUUAUCGACUUUUUUUUGGUUUCAAAUUGUUUUUGUGUGGACAAUAUGAGUGAUUGAAGAUGGAACGAUAUGUGAGAAUAUGAAUGAAACAAUAAACCAUC